GGCGGCGGCGGGAGCGGCUGGGACGGGCCCGGGGCCUGGCGGAGGUGGAAGCGGAGGAAGCGAUGUGAGAGGCCAGCGCCCAGGCCAAAGGCCAAUGAUGCUGCUAGUGCCGAAGUGGAGAGAAUGGGGAAAAGGAUGUGAUUUGAGGAAGGCAGAAGAAGGAAAGUGGCAAGGGAGGAGAGAAGGGAAAGAAUGUUUUAGAAGUUUAAGUUUACUUGAGGAUAACAGACAAUUCUCCAACUCAUCUUCAUGAAGCUGAGUUAGCAUCAGAUUACGCUUCAUGUCAGUAGAAAUGGACAGCAGCAGUUUUAUUCAGUUUGAUGUGCCCGAGUACAGCAACACAGUUCUGAGCCAGUUAAAUGAACUCCGCCUUCAAGGGAAACUGUGUGACAUCAUUGUGCAUAUUCAGGGCCAGCCAUUCCGAGCCCACAAAGCUGUCCUUGCUGCCAGCUCUCCCUAUUUUCGUGACCAUUCAGCAUUAAGUACCAUGAGUGGCUUAUCCAUCUCCGUGAUUAAAAAUCCUAAUGUCUUUGAACAGUUGCUCUCAUUCUGUUACACUGGAAGAAUGUCCUUACAGUUGAAGGAUGUUGUCAGUUUCCUCACUGCUGCUAGCUUUCUUCAGAUGCAAUGUGUCAUCGAUAAGUGCACACAGAUCCUGGAGAGCAUCCACUCAAAAAUCAGCAUCGGGGAGGUCGACUCUGUUACCAUUGGUGCUGAUGAAAACUCAGAAAAUCGCAACGGAGUUAAAGAGAGCAGCUUCUUUGCCAACCCAGUAGAGAUCUCGCCUCCAUAUUGCUCUCAGGUGCGUCAGCCCACAGCUGGAAAUGAUCUACGGAUGGAGGCAACUCCAAGCAAAUCCCUGCGUGGCCGAUUACAAGAAGAAGGCCACUCAGAUCGAGGAAGCAGUGGGAGUGUCUCCGAGUAUGAGAUUCAGAUAGAGGGUGAUCAUGAACAAGGGGACUUGAUCGUGAGAGAGAGCCAGAUCACAGAGGUGAAAGUGAAAAUGGAGAAAUCAGACCGACCCAGCUGUUCAGACAGUUCUUCCUUGGGUGAUGAUGGCUACCACACUGAGAUGGUAGAUGGUGAACAAGUCGUGGCAGUGAAUGUAGGCUCCUAUGGCUCUGUGUUACAGCAUGCAUACUCCUUUUCCCAAGUAGCUUCUCAGCCAUCAAGUAUGUCAGAAACUUUUGGGAACCUGAGCAACUCCAGCCCUUCAAGGUCCAUGCUAAGUUGUUUUCGAGGGGGCCGAGCACGCCAAAAGCGCCCCUCCUCUGUCCAUCUGCACAGUGAUCUGCAGAGUUUAGUUCAAGGGUCAGAUGGUGAAGCUCUUGUAAAUAAUCCUGGGUAUGAGAAUAGUCCCCGGGAGAGGAGUGCACGAGGUCACUGGUAUCCAUACAAUGAAAGGUUGAUCUGCAUUUACUGUGGGAAAUCUUUUAACCAAAAGGGGAGCCUUGACCGGCAUAUGCGACUCCACAUGGGGAUCACCCCUUUUGUAUGUAAGUUCUGUGGUAAGAAGUACACACGAAAAGACCAGUUGGAGUACCACAUCCGGGGCCAUACUGACGAUAAGCCUUUCCGUUGUGAGAUCUGUGGGAAAUGCUUUCCCUUCCAGGGAACACUCAAUCAGCACCUGCGGAAAAAUCACCCAGGGGUAGCCGAAGUUCGAAGUCGCAUUGAGUCCCCAGAAAGAACAGAUGCAUAUGCAGAACAGAAAAUUGAGAAUGAUGCCUCCAACUCAGAGGCAGGCCUGGAUUCCAGUAUGGAAAUUCACACAGUGUCUAAUGCCCCCGACUAA